UACCCUCUCAUUCUCAACAGCAACCAUCACCAUCAAUCGAUUCGAUUCUGAACACUUGGCACUCAAUUUCAGAACAACCCCUUUCCCCUUCCCAUUACCAUUCCCACAAUCCAAACAUGGUUUUCUGAGAUUAUCCUCUCCGAUCACCAUCUCCAUCAUGAUACUUUCCAACCCCAUAUUCCUCACAACCCUCGCCGCCGUUUUCCUUUUAUUCAUGGUUAGGGCCAUGCUCCUCCAAACGGGGCGCGCAAAGAGAUUAUGGAGAACCAUCGAAGAUUGGUUCCACGUGUACCAAUUCCUCAAAGUCCCAGAACGCAACGAAGUCCCGCAGGCGCACCUCAACCCACUCUACAGUAAGCUCUCCCUUUACUUGCAUUCCUUGCCUUCCAUCGAAGACUCAGACUUCAUCAACCUCUUCACUGGCAAAAAGCAAAACGACAUCGUCCUCUCCCUCGCCCCCAACCAAAUCAUCCAGGACCAUUUUCUCGGAGCCACUGUCUUCUGGUUCAACCAAACCGGAACCGAAACCGAAACCAGAACCUUCGUUCUAAAGAUCAGAAAGGUGGAUAGGCGCCGAAUCCUGCGUCCAUAUCUGCAGCACAUUCACGCCGUUGCUGACGAAAUCGAGCUGCAAAGGAAGCGCGAUUUGCGCCUCUUCAUUAACGCCGAUUCCUUUGGACGCUGGAGAUCCGUUCCCUUCACGCACCCCUCCACGUUCGACACCAUCGCCAUGGAAUCGGAUCUCAAGAACAGAGUCAAAUCCGAUCUCGAAUCGUUCCUAAGAGCCAGACAAUACUACCACCGACUUGGCCGGGUCUGGAAACGGAGCUUCCUCCUCUACGGGGCCUCCGGCACCGGAAAAUCGAGCUUCGUCGCCGCCAUGGCUAAUUUCCUCUGCUACGACGUGUACGACAUCAACCUCUCCAAGGUCCCUAGCGAUUCCGAUCUCAAAUUCCUCCUCCUCCAAACGACGCCGAAAUCGGUUGUGGUCGUCGAGGACUUGGACCGGUUCCUGGCGGAGAAAUCGACGAGAGUGAGCUCGUCGGGGAUACUUAACUUCAUGGACGGCCUUCUCAGUUCGUGUUGCGGCGAAGAGAGGGUGAUGGUGUUCACGAUGAACACGAAGGAGCACGUGGACCCGAACCUGCUUCGCCCAGGUCGGGUCGAUGUCCAUAUCCAUUUUCCGCUUUGUGAUUUUUCUGCGUUCAAGACGCUGGCGAGUAGCUACCUUGGGGUUACGGAGCACAAGUUAUUCCCUCAGGUUCAGGAGAUUUUCCAAAGCGGGGCGAGUUUGAGCCCGGCUGAAAUCGGUGAGUUGAUGAUCGCGAACCGGAACUCCCCGAGUCGGGCCAUCAAAUCGGUCAUCACUGCCUUGCAAACGGACGGUGAUGGCAGAGGGUGCGGGUUGGUCGGACGGCAGACAGAUGAUGAUGACGUGGACGAACCUAAUGCGGUGGUGUGCGGGGAGGGUCUCCAUACGGUUAAGGAUUUGCGGAAAUUGUACGGUUUUUUCAGAUUGCGGGUUGGCAAAAAAUCUUUGCCGUCGAAUACUUCCUUGCCCGCAAGCCCAUUGCGAUAAGUGAGUUGAAAAACAAGCAAGGUGCGUAAAUUGAGGGUGGGGAAGUCAUCAGCAGUGAAUUCACA